AUGAUUCAUUCCAGAGGUUUAUGGAAUUUGCAUGCAUCGCGAAAUUUGCGACUCUACUGUUUGCAAAUAAGGCGAAUUUCACAUACAUCUUAUAAUUAUUCAGAAUCAGAUUCCAAGUCUACAACUGCAUCGAAAAGACCGUACAAUAAACGAGUGACAAAUGACCAACUCACGGACGUCUUGAAGAAGGCUCCGAAGUUGAUGGCUAAUCCACGGGAAAUCCGUUUGCUAGGAGAUGACGACGACUCAGCUAUAGUAACCAAGAAACCAUUCCAGAAAGUAGACAAGCGUUACCAGAAGGACCUUGAUAAGGUAGUUAGCGUCGCUGAAAAGAAGGUUAAAGCUGAAAAUAUUGAAGAACUGACCGAUAUUAAAGCAAUUGAAGUCGAGAAAUCAAGUAAAAGGCGAAAUGGACACAGAAACAGUGACCAGGAACCACAUACAACUAAACUGAAGAACAGAGAUAGUCGAUUCGACAACAGCAAGAGCAAUAAUACCCGAGAUUUCAUUUUGGAAAGACUCCAGAAGUCAGACAAAUCUAUCUUCCUGAAGAGCGUCAGACCCACGAUAUCCAAAUCCAGAGCCAUGAGAGUAAUGAACAGAACCAAGAAGUACGGAGACAAGAUAGGAAGAGACAAACCAAACAAAGACAAACUAGGCAAAGACCGCACACGCAAGCUUGUGAAAGUUGAUUCCGAAUUGAUAUCAGUCAAUGAAGACGAACUUGCUAGAGCCAAAGAGCCAGAUUACGAACAAAUACCGAUGUUAUCACACGAGUUGGAUAGAGUGCUAUUUUCUCCAGGAGUACAUUUCUUACAAGAUCCAAGAACCAGAAUCUACAACUUUCCACCAUUUUUGAAGAAGAUCAUUAAAUACGAAGACUUCAACUUUGAGGCUGUAGGUGCGUUCCAGAGAGUGUCAAAAGACUCUGCCUUAUUAAAUAUGUGUAAAGCAACUGAUAGACAGUACUAUUCUUCUACAUCAUCUAUGACUUCUACGUUGAUGCAAUUCUACUACUUGCUCAAUAACUUCACAACUGAUUCCGAAAAGUUUGCUUCUAGAUUUGGUUCGAUUCCAUACACUGGCUUAAUGACCAAAUUACCUGCCAGUUUGAUCAUAACUCCUAGAGGGAAGAAUAGCCAAAACAAAACCAUCUAUUCUAUAGAAUCAGACAAGUCAUACGACACAGAGAUUUUAUUACUGGCCAUGGGUCAUUGUCUCGAGACAUUGUUAACGACAGAACCAGAGAAAUUCAAAGAGUACAACAUCGACUAUGAUGGCGAUGUAGAGAACCCACAAAGUGUAUACAACUACUCUAAGUACGGCAAGUUUUUGAUGCGUUCACAGCUCGAUUGUUUUGACUCCAGAUUGCCCCGAAAGACGUUUGAUCUCAAGACAAGAGCCGUGUGUUCGAUUCGCUAUGAUGGAGCCAAUCCCGAUCUCGAAAGGGAUCUGUACCAGAUCUGGAGGUUGAAGGGAGAAUAUGAAUCGUUCGAGAGAGAGUACAACGACUUGGUGAGAACUGGGGCUCUCAUGAAGUAUAUGUUCCAAGCAAGAAUCGGACAGAUGGAUGGGAUAUUUGUUGCAUACCAUAACAUCAAUUCGUUCUUUGGAUUCCAGUACUUGCCAUUAGAAGAGUUAGACAAUGUAUACUACAACCAUGAGACGUUUGAAUCCAUCAAGCAUACGGAUCCAAAGUUGGUGGACAUAUCUCCAGAGGAAGUGGAUUUGUCUACGCUUUCAGAACAAUUGCCAACGUACAUCGGAGAAACCCAAUUCAAGAUGAGUUUGAGCAUCUGGGAUAGGUUGCUCGAGACAGUUACCAAGCAAGUAGGAGACGAUGUAGCCUUCCGGUUAAUUCUUAAGGCUGAACGUAGAGGUUCUCGCACCAGCUUGAAGGUGUACGCUGUGCCUAUAGACGAGAGCGAGAUAUCUGCAUUACAGGAUUUCCCUACACAAUUCCAAACCAGCUUCCGUGAAAAGCUUUCAAAUGAGGAUCGGUUGAAGAAUUUGAUACAGCAUCGCGAUGAUUUGAUGAAGUUCAAUGAAGAAACCUUCGCGAAGAAGGAGGUCUACGCCUAUACCGUUGUUAUCGACAGCCACAUUAUAGGUGGCACCCCGUCUACAGAAGAGUUUCCACUUCCCAAGCGCGUUGGUGAGGAUUGGAAGGUUCAGUAUCUGAUGUUGAAGUACGAAUCGGAUGACGGAGACAUCAACCGGAGCAAGUUGCUCAAUCUCUUGCGACUCCCCACCGAUGCGAUAACCGCCGGGUUUGAAAGAAGUACCAGGAACAAUUCGUCCGAGCCUGUAGAAGCAAGAGAGAGGAGAAAAUUGACCCGUGAAGAGAUAUUGAAGAUCUACUCGAAGAUAGGCAGUGCCCGGGCCAGCAAGUGGAGUAACAAGGACUCGAUGAACAGGGUCUACGAGCCAUUGACACGAGGAAAAAAUAGUAUAAAGAAGUAG